AUGCAAUACAUUCAGUUUCUUCAAGAACAAGUCAAGGUUCUAAGCGCUCCAUAUCUGCAAGCAAUACCCACUAGUACGCAGGAGGAGCAGGAAGAGUAUAGCCUUAGAAGCAGAGGGUUAUGUCUUGUUUCAUUGGAGUAUACAACAGGGGUUGCUCAAACCAAUGGUGCUGAUAUAUGGGCUCCUGUGAAGAAGACUCCAACAUCGUCAACUCAUGCUUUCAAUCUCUCGUCUUCUAAUUCUCCCUUUCGAUGA